GUAGUCUCUAGAAUACUCCUCGUGACGCCACUCAAGCUCUUCCUUUCUGUCGAACUCUCGCGAGUUGAACAUGUCGCAUACUGCAGAACGAAGAAAUGAUGAUCAAUGGCCGGGGGAUUCAAAAAAUGGUCCUAGUGAAAGUGAACAACCCACAUACGAUGGACCUCCUGGAAUGGAUCCCGAUGGCGUCAUCGAAUCCAACUGGGACGUUGUUGUGGAGAACUUUGACGAAAUGAACUUGAAAGAAGAACUGUUACGUGGUAUUUACGCUUAUGGUUUUGAAAAACCAUCUGCAAUUCAACAACGUGCCAUCCUACCAUGUAUACGGGGGCUCGAUGUUAUUGCUCAGGCCCAGUCUGGUACUGGAAAAACUGCUACGUUCUCCAUAUCGAUUCUUCAACAAAUCGACACUAGUAUUAAAGAAUGCCAGGCCUUGAUCCUUGCACCAACCCGUGAAUUAGCUCAGCAAAUCCAGAAAGUCGUUAUCGCUCUAGGAGAUUUCAUGCACGCGGAAUGUCAUGCAUGCAUUGGUGGCACCAACGUUCGUGAAGAUAUGCGAAAACUGGAUCAGGGUGUUCAUGUGGUUGUCGGAACGCCCGGUAGAGUUUACGAUAUGAUCAGCCGACGAGCACUUCGAGCAAGUAGCAUCAAACUGUUCGUGCUGGAUGAAGCCGAUGAAAUGCUUUCUCGAGGAUUUAAGGAUCAAAUCCACGAUGUAUUCAAAUUAUUACCUAACGAAGUGCAGGUUAUAUUAUUAUCUGCGACAAUGCCAUCUGACGUGUUGGAUGUAUCCAAAUGUUUUAUGCGGAAUCCCAUUCGUAUUUUGGUUAAGAAAGAAGAAUUAACAUUAGAGGGUAUUAAACAAUUUUUCGUUUACGUUGAACGUGAAGAUUGGAAAUUGGAAACUCUUUGCGAUUUGUAUGAUACAUUAAGCAUUACCCAAGCGGUUAUUUUUUGCAAUACGCGGCGUAAAGUCGAUUGGCUAACAGAAAGUAUGCAUAAACGUGACUUUACUGUUUCCGCCAUGCAUGGAGAUAUGGAACAGAAAGAACGCGAUCUUAUUAUGCGUCAAUUUCGAACUGGAUCUUCAAGAGUUUUGAUUACUACUGAUCUUCUGGCACGCGGUAUAGAUGUGCAGCAAGUGUCACUUGUUAUUAAUUAUGAUUUACCUUCCAAUCGAGAAAACUAUAUUCAUCGAAUCGGUCGUGGUGGUCGUUUUGGCCGUAAAGGUGUGGCCAUUAACUUUGUGACAGAAGAAGAUAAACGAACCCUGAAAGAUAUCGAGCAAUUCUACAACACUCACAUCGAUGAAAUGCCAAUGAAUGUCGCUGAUCUGAUCUAAGUCCGACUAUUGGCUAUAAUCCAUUAUACUAAAAAAUUAAUAAAAAGCAGUUUUGGACAGUCCAGAUGUGGGCGACAUAUUUUUGGAAAUAAAGACCAGAUUUCCUGAUUCAAAAUCGAAGUUUUGUAAAUCGAUUACCUCUCUAAACUCCUGCCUUUCGUAUAGGCUAUAAUAAUAUAUGUACAUUUUCUCUUUUUCUUUUUUAUACUUUUACAUUCUUAUUGAUAAUGAAAGCUGAUCAGUUCUUAGAUUUUUUUACAUUUGUCAAUAAAAUUCUUUGCAAACAAUCUUUAUCGCAUAUUCAUAAGUUUCCGUGCACAUAUCAAUGCCGAAUAUUAAAUUAAAAUGUUAUCUGCCUUGUGAGAACUUUUGUAUCGUGUUUUUACAAAAUUAUUAAAAAUAUUGCGAUAUCACACAUA